CCGCCGUGACCUCGCCGCCGUCGGCGCCACCGCUGACUAUCGGGGCGCCCCGAACCCCUCGGCGCCCGUAGCGCCAGGUCCGGCCCUUCUGCCGCGCACCCCCUACCCACCCUCCGCCGCCGGCCGGGGCGAUGGAGGAGCGGCCGGAGCGGGGCGGCGGACCCGGCGCGGAGGGCCCGGCGUCGGUGGCGGAGAUCCGCGCUCCCGGCCCGCGUCCGCUGCGUCUGCUGGAGUGGAAGGUGUCGGUGGGGGCGGCGGUGCAGAUCGGGUCGGUGCUGGCGCUCUGUGCCCCGCUGCCGCCGCCGCCCGCCGCCGCCCCGCUGCCGCCCGCCGCCAGCGGCGCCUCCGCCCGCCCGCAGCGCGGCGGCCCCGAGCGCAGGCUGCGCGCGGAGCGGCCCGGCGUGGUGCGCGAGCUCUGCGCGCGGCCCGGCCAGGUCAUCGCGCCCGGGACUGUUUUGGUGAGACUGGAAGGUUGCAGCCAUCCUGUUGUUAUGAAAGGCUUGUGUGCAGAAUGUGGCCAGGAUUUAACUCAGAUACGAAGCAAGAAUGGAAAACAGAGCGUGCCAUUAUCCACAGCCACUGUAUCAAUGGUUCACAGUGUCCCAGAACUGAAAGUUAGCUCUGAGCAAGCUGAGCAGCUGGGAAGAGAAGAUCAACAGCGACUACAUCGAAACAGAAAACUGGUGCUCAUGGUAGAUUUGGACCAGACAUUGAUCCAUACUACAGAACAGCACUGCCAGCAAAUGUCCAAUAAGGGAAUAUUUCAUUUCCAGUUAGGUCGAGGUGAGCCUAUGUUACACACACGUUUGCGUCCUCAUUGUAAGGAAUUCCUGGAAAAAAUUGCCAAGCUCUAUGAAUUACAUGUUUUUACUUUUGGCAGCAGACUGUAUGCACAUACAAUUGCAGGAUUUUUGGACCCUGAAAAGAAGCUUUUUUCCCAUCGGAUAUUGUCAAGGGAUGAAUGUAUUGAUCCAUUUUCUAAAACUGGGAACCUUAGGGAUCUCUUUCCUUGUGGAGAUUCCAUGGUUUGCAUCAUUGAUGAUAGAGAGGAUGUUUGGAAGUUUGCACCUAAUUUGAUAACUGUGAAGAAAUAUGUAUACUUUCAGGGGAUAGGAGAUAUUAACGCACCUCCUGGAUCAAGAGAAAUGCAAAUGAAGAAGAAAGCAAACCACUCUACUAAACCUGAGGCAUUGGAUUCAGCAGUGAUUUCAGCAAAAGAUGUUGAAGAAAUAAAGAAUGUUAUAUGUGUAGAAGAGCACAGUAAUGGUCUCAAGAAAACUGCAAAGGACACUUGCACUGCAAAUGGGAGUACUUCUGUAAGCAGUGAAACAUCUGAUGGGGAUGUGAGCUCUCAUAACAAAGUUAAUGCCCAGGACUCCUUAAAUGAUAGCACUGGUCACAAAACGGACAGUGAGGUCACUGAUGAUUUGGCAAAUACAAAAGAAUCUCAGAUUUCUUCAGAAGAAGUUGAUACAACAGUUAUAGAGAAGCAGCAAACCCAAGAGAAGGUAACAAAUGACUUGGACUUUGAACUGUCUAGUGACAGUGAAAGCGACGAUGGAUUGGAUACCAAAAAGUCAUCCACUUCUGUAUCAGACAGUGAGAAUGAGGAAAAGAGAAGUUGGAAGAAGUCCAAACAACCUCUGCAGGAUGAAAAUUUGCAGCAAGAGAGUUGCACUGAUGUGAGUGAGAAAAAGGAUGGUCUGCUGAACCAUUCUGGGGACACACAGUCUUUACCUAGUGAAAAUAUCCAGGACAAAAUUGAUCAUGAAGCACAAGAGGAAAGUGAACAAGAAAGCCUUUGUGAUUUAGGAAAUGGGUCUGGAGAUAAGAAAGAAGCUGAAACAGAAUCUCAGAUUAGUGAGCAGUCUGGAAUUACAAUGGGUGAGUCCUUAGACCAGAGUAUGGAGGAGGAGGAGGAGGAAGAUGAUACAGAUGACGACGACCAUUUAAUAUACCUUGAGGAGAUCCUUGUGCGAGUUCACACUGAUUAUUACACAAAGUAUGAUAAAUAUCUGAAAAAAGAGAUUGAGGAAAUUCCAGACAUCAGAAAAAUAGUACCAGAACUAAAAAGUAAAGUCUUGGCAGAUGUAACCAUAAUAUUUAGUGGACUUUACCCAACAAACUUCCCUAUUGAAAAGACACGGGAACACUAUCACGCCACAGCACUUGGAGCUAAAAUUGUGAAGAAUCUUGUACUUAGUGCUGAUGAUCCUGAUAAAGCAACACAUCUCAUUGCAGCAAGGACCGGCACAGAGAAAGUACGGCAAGCUCAGGACUGCAAGGAUCUCCAUGUUGUAAACCCUGAUUGGCUGUGGAGCUGCCUGGAGCGCUGGGACAAGGUUGAGGAACAGCUCUUUCCUUUAAAGGAUGACUACAUCAAAACUCACAGAGAAAAUAGCCCUGCCACGUUUCCUGAUACACCCAGCACAUUUCAGACUGCUCUGUUUCACCCAACCCCCAUCCAUCCGAAGUCUCAACCUGGUCCUGAAGUUCGAAUUUAUGAUCCUAACACUGGAAAGCUGAUCAGGAAAGGCACGCAAACAUCUGCGCAGUCAAUGUACAUCCAAUCUCCAGCUCCUCCCAUCACUUUGCCAGUCCACGGUGAACACUCAUCCUUCAGAGUUGUUCAGCCACAUCAACAGCAGAUGUUUGAAGAAGAUGACCUACCAGCAGGUGAAAAUGAAGAGCAGCCUGGUCCAUCUAAGAGGAAACGCCAGCCAAGUAUGUCUGAAACAAUGCCUCUGUACACUCUGUGUAAAGAGGAUUUAGAGAGUAUGGAUAAAGAGGUGGAUGACAUCUUAGGAGAAGGCAGUGACGAAAGCGAUACUGAAAAAAAAAAGCCAGAAGAGGAAGGUGAAAAACCUCAGACUAGUGCAACAGAGACUCUAGGGAGGAAGGCAGAUCAGAGACCUGGAUCAUCAUCAUCGUCAUCAAGUGAAAGAAGUACAGGCAGUGUACUCAGAAAUAUCGACAGAAGAAAUUGUAGAGCAGACUGUAGAGGAGACCAAGACUGUGAGCCAGGAGAGCUGCGAUCUCCUGCACUGGGUCGUUUGUCACAUCGUAGCUGGUGUGAAAACAACAGGGGUCACAAGCGCAAACUGGAUGAAGAUGAUGCUGCCAGUGAAUCCAGUAAAGAAUCCAGCAAUGAAGAUGAGGAAGGAAGCAGUUCUGAAGCGGAUGAAAUGGCAGCAGCACUUGAAGCUGAACUGAACGACUUCAUGUGAGAUUCAUGCCGAAUAUAAAAUUUUUAAUUAUAUUUACUUCUCAUAAACAGAUUGGACUUCAGAUGAGUUCAUGUCAGUACUCAGUGUUUUUCCAAAAUAUGUGUGUAUAUUUUGCAAAGCAUCUCAAGAGGUGAUACGUUAUUUUACAAAAUCAGAAAUAGAUGUUUUUAAGUUGUUUAACUAAACAAAAUAUACUUUUUUAAGCAAAAAAAAAAGUAUUAAAUGGGACAUGGUGUGCUAUGCCAAAGAUGUUAGGAGCUCUGCAGAACCUUCAUGUACGGGACAGUGGUACAAAGACUUGUGAUUAAACAUAUAUCAAGUUUCUAAAAAUAUUGCAGGCUGUGGUUUAUGGGUUACAAUUUUCAAAAAAAGGAGGAGAUAAAGGAGAUGGAAUUGUCUGGGUAGUACAGCAGGAACCUGACAAACUGGUCAUCCUUUUCCACAAAUAAGGCUAUCAAAAAUAAAAGGAUUUUUGAAAUAAAAAAGAACUAUUUAUAUUUGUAUAGAAACAGAGAGCGUGAUAUGCAAGCUUUGUGAACUCUGCACUUGACCCACCUGUCAUUUGCUUGUAAGAGAAUACAUAGUGGUCAGCAUUCAACAUGUUUAGGUUACUUCGUUGAAUAGUUGAGUUCUUUAGAGACAUCGUUUAGAUUUUUAACUUUUCUUCUUUGUAACCAGAAACUUAGCACAGCAGUCUAUGUGGUCCUGUACUGCCAUAAGAUACAUAUUCACCCAUUCGUGUUGUCUUGGAAAGAACAAGUGCUACUUCAUUCUAGAUAGAAUUUAAUUUGUUUGACAAGAGAUCUGAUGUAAAGUUUUUGUAUAUUCUAUUUCAUAUUUGACCCACAAAACAGAUUUUCUUUCAUUUAAUAAAGGUUCAUUUUGUA